AUGAGCCUCACACCAUCCACAAGCGAGCCCAAUUUGGAAACACAAGAUUCGCACAUGGAGCAAAGGUCCUCUCUGGAACAGAUGCAAUCACCCGAAGAGGUGAUACGAAAGAAACUAGAAACACUACCUCACGACCAGUUAAAGAAGCUAAUAAAUGACCAGUUAGAUUUGGAAAUCAGGCUCAAACACAAGGAAUUGAACAUGGCAAACAAUGAGCUCAGCAAGACAGAAUCGCAAAUGUUGAUACUACGAAAGUUUCUCGAUAUACCAAGUAAUGACACAUCGAACACCAACAAUUUGACGGUAAAGUAUUAUGAUUUACUUAGCAGAUCAUUGAACGCAACUUAUGAAAAAUUUAAAGAGAUCCCUACAACAGGCCUAGAAUCAGCUUCGCUUUCCAAUACAGAUUUAUUGAAUCCACCGCUGGGCCACUCGUAUAGAACAAGAUCAACCACAUCAUCAUUGCGUCCGCCAUCUACAACGUCAGUGCCACGAAAUUUGAAUUUAGGGUGUUUAUACCGGAGAUCGGAUGGGGUCGUAGUGAGGUUGACAUGUCCUGAUUGCCAGCGUAACAAUUUCUCAUCCGCACAAGGGUUCUUAAACCACAGCAGAAUUGCCCACUCGAAGGAAUAUACAUCACAAGACACUGCGGCUAUUAAAUGUGGCGAAGUUCUUCCUGACAUACCCCAGGACUCGGUCGGUCAAAAUAGUAUAAAAUUGUUGCAGGAAAAGGGAUUGGAUCCUUCAAAGCAUUUAAAUGUGAGUGAAUUCUUGUUUGCGGAAACCACACCGCUGGAGGAGAUCCUUCUGAACUUUGAGUUUCCAAAAAGAGAUGACAAAGAGCCAGCCAAAUCCACUGCCGGAGAAGACACUCCUCUGAAUGAGCUUUUGAAGAAAUUGGUCAAAGAAGGCAAAAUGAGCCAAGCAGAAUAUGAAAAGUUGGUUACAGAGACCCGUAAGCCGGUUAACAAUGCGCAUUUAUUCGAAGAUGAAGUUGAGAGCAACGAAAGCGAAUCACCAAUUGGGGAAAUCCCAAGCGCUACGUCUUUGGUUAGUCUAAGUGAGAGGAAAAGGCGGCAAUCAAGAGGAGGUAUCAAUAUUGCCGUAUCAAAUGAAGCAGAAGGGGGAGGUUACAAUCAUGACGGUAGUUCCAACGAUGAAGAACCAAAUGGAAAAAAAGCUCGAGUCUAG